ACUACCUAACGGACCGUCACUCACGUUGAGGGUCAAAUGUUUUGAGGAUGUGCAGAUAGUGUCACCGAAAUGUCAAGUUUCUCCAGAUCUGCCCAGCAAUGGGCGACCUUCGCUCGUUCCUGGUUCCUGAUUGAUGCCAGGAUGCAGCCUCCUGGGAAGGUUGCGACCAUGUGUUCUAUUAGAUUACAGGGCAAACACAAGCCUAUCUACCAUGCACUCAGUGACAUUGGUGACCAUGUAGUAGUAAUAAACACCAAACACAUCGCGUUCUCUGGAAACAAAUGGGAGCAGAAAGUCUACUCAUCACACACGGGGUAUCCAGGUGGAUUCAAACAAGUCACAGCUGCCCAGCUGCACCACAAAGACCCAAAAGCUAUUGUGAAGCUAGCAGUUUAUGGCAUGCUGCCUAGGAAUCUGCACCGACGCACCAUGAUGCAGCGAUUACACAUCUUUCCUGAGGACGAACUGCCAGACAACAUCCGAGCCAACCUGACGGAGGAGCUGCCUCAGGCCAGAGAAAUCCCCAGGAAACUCAGCGAGUACACGCAGGAGGAGAUUGACGCCUUCCCCAAGCUGUGGACACCACCCGUAGGCUACAGGAUGAAAUGAAAUCAAGGCUGCCCGAUGUGACCAAAGAUGAAAAGGUUUUUUUUCACAUCAACGCUACACUGAAAGCAACAGAUUCCUCGAUUAUAUUAUGAUACCUGACGUAUUGUAAAAAUCAGAGGCCUCUUUAUUGUAUUUGCUCUGAGAUGUCAUCUGUUUCAAAGCACGCAAAACUGAUUUUCUCUGAAAAAAACAAAACAAAAACAAAGUCAGAUUGUGUGCAAAUCCAAUAACCAGCACUGGCAUCGAGGCUUGACUGGAGUCAUAACCUUGAUGCCAGCAUCAUCAACACAAACUCUGUGCUACUCUGUACACCCCUGUCAGUUGUAUUACCCUUGACAGCAGACCUGAAUUACCCAGCAACAGCUUGAAUUUUUACCAUGUGGCUCAGCUCUGAUCGGGGAAAAUCAGAUUCUGUGGGGUUUCCUCUGAUUAUACAACCAUGAAAUGAUCAGAUCUGGCCCAUAAAAAUGACAUCUGUUAGAACCGAUCCUGUCUUUUUGAAGGUUUGUGGGUUCACAGAGAAACCAAUUAAUGUGUUACUAUGACAACAUUCAGGCCAUCCGUGUGGUUUCAGUGGAAAAUGUUAACGUUGGUCAGAAAAUCCUGAGCUUUUUGUCUUGUCAGUGUGUUAGAAAUUUCCAUAGUGUUGUUAAAAUGUAAAUCCAUUCUGUUCAGUUGUAAAAUAGACCAAUAAACGACUGAAUAAA